AUGGGGAUGGGCGUGGAUUGCCGGUGUAGGUCACCACCGAUGGGGACAGGGUGGCAGAGUGGACGUCGGAGGCGUGGGUGUAGGCCGUCGCCGAUUGGGACUGGGUGGUGGCGUGGGUCGGAGGGCGCACGGGUGCGAGCCGUCACCGAUGGGGACUGGGUGGCGGCGUGGGUCAGGGAAUCGCGGUGCGGGAGGGGCGGCGUGGAUCCUGUCCGUGUCUGCUAUCCCCUGCCACUCUUCCACUCUAUUAGCUGUCAGUCUGUCACAGCCACAGGAGCCCUAUCACAAGUUUGCAAUUCAGAGACUGGUUCAAAGUUAACCGGUGCAAUCAGAAAUCAUAACACAAAUGGGAGUGGUGAGUACCUCUUCGGCUCCCUCCUGCCUCUCCUCCUCCUCACCGUUGCCACCGUGUGGCCAGAAGCUAUUCCGGUUGGAGUUGGCGUGAAGAUUGAUCAGGGCGAGAAGGUGCCCGCUGCCUGUGUGAACCUCAGUCAGGGCGAGAAGGUGCCCGUCUGUGCCACGGUCAAUCAAACAAUAUCGCCUACAGCCGAAAGUCCCCUGCCUGCACCCCCGGCCAAGAAACGAAGAACACAACGACAAUAUGAGAUGGAAGUGGAGGAAGAGUUUGGGGAGCUACAAGGAACACCAAUGAGGUUCACAUUUCAACAGCUAAAAGCAGCAACCGUGCAAUUCACACACAAGCUUGGGGAAGGAGGAUUCGGGACUGUUUUCAAAGGUCAAUUUGGGGAUGAAAGGAUUGCAGUAAAACGUUUGGAUCGAGCUGGUCAGGGCAAAAGAGAAUUUUCUGCAGAGGUUCAAACAAUUGGCAGCAUUCAUCAUAUUAAUUUGGUCAGAUUGAUUGGUUUCUGUGCAGAGAAAUCGCAUAGGCUCUUGGUAUAUGAGUACAUGCCAAAAGGAUCCUUGGAUAGAUGGAUCUAUCAUCAACAUGACAAUGAUUCACCUCCCCUGAAUUGGAGCACGCGGUGCAAGAUUAUCACUCACAUAGCUAAAGGUCUUGCUUAUCUUCAUGAGGAGUGCAUGAAAAAGAUUCCCCAUUUGGAUGUCAAACCACAAAACAUCCUCUUAGAUGAUAACUUCAAUGCUAAACUUUCUGAUUUUGGACUAUGCAAGCUCAUUGACAGGGAUAUGAGUCAAGUGUUUACUAGAAUGAGGGGCACACCUGGAUAUUUAGCUCCCGAAUGGUUGACAUCACAGAUCACGGAAAAGGCCGAUGUCUAUAGCUUUGGUGUUGUGGUCAUGGAAGUCAUUAGCGGAACAAAGAACCUCGACAAUUCUAGAUCCGAAGAGAGCAUCCAUCUCAUCACCCAAUUGGAGGAAAAGGUGAAGACUAAUCGGUUGGUAGAAUUGAUUGACAAUAAGAGUAACGAUAUGCUAGCACAUAAGCAGGAUGCAAUUGAGAUGAUGAAGCUCGCAAUGUGGUGUUUGCAGAUUGAAUGCAAAAGAAGGCCUAAAAUGUCUGAGGUAGUCAAGGUCUUGGAAGGUGCCAUGAAUGCAGAGAGCAACAUUGAUCAUAACUUCGUUGCAACAAGUCAAGUGUAUUUCGGCGCUGCUGGAAAUGUGGUCUCAUCGGUUCCACCUCUAGCUUCACAUGUAUCAGGUCCCAGGUGAAAUGAGAAAAUCUUGACAGGAUAGACAAUUAGAUUACAAGCAGGACAUGAGAUAUUCUUAUGUAAAGCAAAUGACAAGUCUGUUGUAUCUUCUCAAGUUAUUAUAAUCUGAAGCCCCUUGUCUUGAGUUAAUUUUA